UACUCACAAACCAUCACCUUCUUCAAGAUCCACUUCACCAACUUUCUUUAACUCAACUGAACAUGACCUAUUCUACUUGUUCACACCUCAUAUUACAAUCUACUUUCAUUUCAUCAACCUUAUCAAAUUCUUAAGCCCUGGUCAUUCAAAUAACCUUGAUUGAUUCCUAUCUCUUUUUCUUUGUUCAUCAUGGCUACCCUUCUCCAAUUCUUUUAUCUGUUAAUCUUCCUUUUAAUCCCAGUUUCUUCCCAGCUUGACCAGCUCUUGUAUGCUGGAUUCAAGGAUGUGGGUGCAAACAAUCUAACCUUGAAUGGAGUAGCAGAAAUAGAGAAAAAUGGAAUACUGAAAUUGACAAAUGAGACAAGCAAAUCAAAAGGCCAUGCUUUUUACCCAUUUCCUUUUCAGUUAAAGAACUCUAGCACUGGUAAAGUUUUCUCCUUUUCUUCCUCAUUUGCUCUGGCUAUUGUCCCUGAAUAUCCCAAGCUAGGUGGCCAUGGCUUGGCUUUCACAAUAUCAACUUCUAAGGAUCUUAAAGAUUCUCUCCCUAGUCAGUAUCUUGGUCUCCUUAAUUCCAAAGAUGCUGGCAAUUUCACCAACCAUCUUUUUGCUGUUGAGUUUGACACUGUUCAAGACUUUGAGUUUGAGGACAUUAAUGAUAACCAUGUUGGAAUUGACAUCAACAGCUUGCAAUCCAAUGCUUCUGUUACCGCAGGUUAUUACACUGGUGACUCAACAAAACAAGAUCUCAACAUCAAAAGUGGGAAACCGAUUCUGGCUUGGGUUGAUUAUGAUUGUGAACAGAAUCUUAUCAGUGUUACACUUUCUCCAGAUUCAUCCAAACCCAAAAAGCCAAUCUUGUCCUUUCAUGUGGAUCUCUCACCAAUUCUUCAUGAUACUAUGUAUGUUGGGUUCUCUGCAUCAACGGGUUUGCUUGCUAGCUCCCAUUACAUCUUGGGUUGGAGCUUUAGAAUCAAUGGACCAGCACCACCCCUUGAUCUAUCUUCUCUCCCACAACUUCCACAACCAAAGAAGAAGCAAACGUCUCUGAUAACAGGGGUUUCUGUCACAGUGGCUGUUAUUGCUUUGUGUUCUAUAUCCAUUGGCAUUUACCUCUUCAGAAAAAUCAAGAACGCUGAUGUGAUAGAAGCAUGGGAGCUUGAAGUUGGGCCACACAGGUACUCUUAUCAAGAGCUCAAGAAAGCUACAAGAGGUUUCAAGGACAAAGAGCUACUUGGGCAAGGUGGUUUUGGCAGAGUUUACAAAGGAACAUUGCCAAAUUCAAAGACCCAAGUAGCUGUUAAGCGAGUUUCACAUGAAUCUAAACAAGGUCUGAGGGAAUUUGUGUCUGAAAUAGCCAGCAUUGGCCGGCUUCGCCACCGGAAUUUGGUUCAAUUACUCGGCUGGUGUCGCCGCCGCGGUGACCUCCUACUUGUGUAUGAUUUCAUGGCUAAUGGGAGCUUGGACAAGUACUUGUUUGAAGAGGCAAAAAAUGUACUAAAUUGGGAACAAAGGUUCAAGAUAAUAAAGGAUGUUACUUCAGCACUUCUGUAUCUACAUGAAGGCUAUGAGCAAGUGGUGAUACAUAGAGAUGUGAAGGCUAGCAAUGUGUUGCUAGAUUUUGAACUCAAUGGAAGAUUAGGUGAUUUUGGAUUAGCAAGGUUGUAUGAACAUGGUGCUAACCCAAGCACAACAAGAGUGGUGGGUACCUUAGGCUAUUUGGCACCUGAGUUGCCUAGAACAGGAAGGGCAACUACAAGUUCUGAUGUUUUUGCAUUUGGUGCACUUUUGCUAGAAGUGGUGUGUGGGCGUAGGCCUAUUGAGCCUAAGGCAUUACCAGAAGAGUUGAUUUUGGUGGAUUGGGUGUGGGACAGAUACAAAGAAGGAAGAAUACUUGAUGUGGUUGACCCAAAACUAAAUGGUAAUUUUGAUGAAAGGGAGGUGAUGAUGGUGUUGAAAUUGGGGUUGAUGUGUUCCAAUGAUGUGCCCAAUGCUAGGCCUAGCAUGAGGCAAGUGGUGAGGAGUUUAGAUGGAGAAGUUGAGUUGCAAGAUGACUUGAAAAAACCAGGAGAUAUAAGUCAAAGGGGUGAUGGGUUUGAUGAGUUUGUGGACUCACUUGCAUCUUCUUCUUUUGAUAAGAUGAGCUCAAGCUCCUAUCUUGGAUAUAGAGACAUGGAUACUAGUUUUCUUUCUUUUGCUAAUUCACCUCAGUCCCUUCUCCAUGGUAGAGGACAAACAAGGUGAAUCUACAUUAUUCUGAGACAGGCUUUCUUUGCUUUUCUCUUCUCACUCAAGAAAUGUUUGUUUUAACAUCCCAUGAUGUCUCAAUUAUAGAAAGCU